AUGAAGCAGUUCCACAUUUUGCUACUUAUUCUCCUCAACACCUCAGUUUUAGCUAGCAGCUUUGACUUAUCUAAUUUAGACUCUCUAAAGGACCCAAUGUCAAUUGUUGGGAAAGCAUUAUGUUCAUUAAUUGAAUGCAUUCCAAUGCUUGACAAGAUGGCUCAAGGAUUUUGUGAUUCUUCAAAAAAUUCGAGUGAAAGUACCACAGAAGAUUAUUAUUGGCAUACUACUGAUCGGUAUGACAGCACUUACCGUUGGAGGAGUACUUAUGAUCCACAUUAUAAAGAUUCUUCUGAAGACUAUGGAUAUACAAGUCCAUGGUAUGGACUUAAAUCUUCUGAAGAAAAAUCUGGUGAAUGGGUUCCUAGUCAAUCUAAAGAGUCAGGCUCAAACUCUAAUGAAGGAGAGUCAGAAGAUCACUCAAUUGAAAAACGAUCCUCAGAAGAGAGAUCUGAAGAGUGGGUGUCCGGUCAAUCUAUAGAAAUAAGCCUAAACCCUGAUAUAGAAGACUCAGAAGAACACUUAAUUGAUGGACAUGGAUCACAAUCCUCAGAAGAAAAGUCUCAGGAAUCGAUUUCAAGCCAAUCCAAAGAAUCAGGCUCAAACACUGAAAUAGAAUGUCCAGACGAGGACCCAAUCGAUGGACAUAAAGAAAGGUCCUCAGAAGAAAGGUCCGGAGAAUGGGUUCCAGGACAUUACGAAGAAAUAGACUCGAGCAAAACUGAAGAAGGUUCAGAAGAAUUUGUCAUUGAAGGACAUGAAAAACAGUCGUCUGAAGAUAAAGCUGAAGAUUUGGUUCCAGGGAAUUCUGAAGGAACAGACUUGAGCACUGAUAAAGGUUUAGAAGAAAACACAACUCAGGGGGAACAAGGACAUAAAGAUAAGGAUAGGGGAGAUGGAUACUGGUUAUAUAUUGGUCAGACUGGUAAAAUGUGGGUUCCUCUUCCUAAAAAUGAAACUAAACUUAAUAAAACCGAUAUAGAAACUGAUGCAAAACUUAAUGACAAAGUAGAUGUAGAAAAUGAUAUCAAAAUGGAUGCAGAAAAAAAACAAGAUGCAAUAAGGGACACAGCAGGAGAUGCAGAAUCUGAUAUAAAAAUAGAUGAAGUAACCGAUGCAAAAAGAGAUGCAGAACAAGAUAUUGACAAAGACGUAGACAUACACACAGAAAAAGAUGCACAAAAAGAUGCAAAAAAGGAUGCACAAAAAGAUGCAGAAAGUGAUGCGAAAAAAUCAACAGAGAAAGAUUCUUCAAGCUCAUUCGAAGAUUACUACGAAAACAAAGAUCAAGAUCGUACGAAGAGUAGGAAUUCCACUAAAUCAACGGACAUCAAAAGUCGCCUAAUUCUAUCUCCAGAUCUGUCAAAAAGAGUGGAUAUAAUUCCUGAUUUAACCAUAAAAACUGAAAAAGGUAACUUUGCCUACACCCAUCCACAGGAAAAGUCUUUAAAGAUCAGGAUUGUUUAA